UAAAAAGUAAUAUUGGGUACGAAUUCUCGAAAGAAGUUCGUGCAAAUUUACGAAAAUACGUUCUGGCAUUGCUAUCUCUGAUAUCUGAGUAUCUGUCUAUAGAUCUAGUAGAUCUAAUAGUAAAUUACAUUAAACAUUCUGAGUCUAAAAAUCUCUAAAGUAUUAUUGAAUGACUAAAAAAUGUGUGGACGCACAGCAUGCACCUUAGAACCUAAUGACAUUGCUGCAUCAUGUACUUACACAGACAAGAAUGGUACAAGAAAACAGCCUCAUUGGGUAGAUGCCCCAGGUGGUCAGAAGUACUAUCCAUCAUAUAACAAAGCUCCAACUUCAUUCAACCCAGUCCUUACUUCAAGUCAACACUUUGUUAAGUCAGACAUCAAAUCAGAAAGGGAUCGCAUCUUAAUGCCCAUGAAGUGGGGGAUGACCCCUAGCUGGCACCAUGGUGACCCUUACAAAGUACCCUAUGAGACUAACAACUGUCGAGCAGAAGGCAUGCUGGAUAAAAAGACCUAUAAAGUGCCUCUAAAAAAGGGAUAUAGAUGUGUGGUCUUGGCUGAUGGAUUCUUUGAGUGGCAGACAACAAAGGAGGGCAAGCAAGCAUUUCUCUUUUAUUUCCCACAACCAGAAACUGUGAAAUUCCCAUUCUCUGUGUUAGACACCAGCAAGAAAGAGCUAAAAGAACAUCAACCCUCAGAGACAUGUAUCAAGAGUGAACUCAAAGGGGAAGGCUAUACUGAUAUUGGUGAACCAAAAGGGAAGCAAGAAUUCAAAGAUGAAAACAGUGGGGACUACACUGUCGUAGAGAAGUCUGGUCCCAGGCUACUUACAAUGGCGGGUGUUUUUGAUGUCUGGGAUCCUCAUGAUGGUUCUCCACCAUUGUACUCCUAUAGUGUCAUAACAGUGUCUGCUUCGUCUGACAUGGCUUGGUGCCAUCAUCGUAUGCCAGCAAUACUAACUACAGAUGAAGAAAUCCAAGACUGGCUAGAUUUUUCUAAUGUCCCUUUAGACAAGGCUGUUUCACUAAUUAAGCCCCAAGUCUGUUUGACAUAUCAUCCAGUGUCCAAAGCAGUCAACAGUUCCAAAUGUCAGUCAGAAGACUGUGUUAAACCAAUAGAGUUAGGAAAAUCAAAGUCUAAUGCCAGCAGUAAUCUGAUGCUCAACUGGCUUAAGUCUGGAUCUCCAGCCAAGAAGAAAAAAACAUAAAAUCUUAAGCUGCAUAUUUUAAAAACUAGGAUUGUGGAGUACAAUAAGCAAGAAAAUGAAACAAAACCAUGCAUUAAAAAUAUACCCAACUUCUUGUUAUUGGUUGUUUAUUAAAAAGGAAAUGACUGCCAGUAGAUCUGAAUAGCAUUCUUUCACUACAAAGGACUUGUAAUAAGAAAGUGUUCACUAUCUAAACAAUAUACGUUUUAAAAUUGGUCUUUUUUUUUCAUUAAUAAAUCACUAGUCUUAAAUUCUAUUGAAAUGUGUGUUCAAUUAAGUGUACAAUAGUCUUUAUGAUCUUUUUACUUUUAUAACUUUUUGUGUAAAUAUUGUCUUUCAAAUUUAACUGUAAUGCUCAUUACUGCUGUUAAUGUUUGCAAUGUUAUAUUACUUCAUGUUCAAUAAACAUUACAUCUGUAUUAUUAUCUUAAA